AUGGCCACCCCCAUCAAGGAGUUCACCUACCAGGACGUUGCUGAGCACAACACCAAGAAGGACGUCUACGUUGUCAUCCACGACAAGGUCUACGACUGCACCCAGUUCAUCGACGAGCACCCCGGUGGUGAGGAGGUCGUUCUUGACGUCGGUGGCCAGGACGCCACCGAGGCUUUCGAGGAUGUCGGCCACAGUGACGAGGCUCGCGAGACCUUGGACAAGCUCUUCGUUGGCAACCUGAAGCGCAGAGAGGGCGACCCCAAGCCCAAGCUCAGCACCCCCACUGCUAGCUCUAGCAACAACGCCGACUCUACCGGUCUCGGUAUCGGCCUGUACGCCAUCGUCCUCAUUGGUGGUCUUGUCGGCUACGCCGGAUACCAGUACCUCCAGACGCAGCAGACCAGCCUCUAA